GCUGAAGGUUGUUUUUUUAAAAAGCAAAUUUGUCUCCUCUCUCCUGGCGACCUUGAACUCGUUGUAGAGACCGAGGUGUUAACCAGAGGGUUUGUCGCGUAAGCUCUACCCCAUAAAUAAUAUUGAAAUAUCCAAAGUACCCGAGUUUAAUAUGCCAAUUAUAUUGGAACAAAACCCGGCAGUUGUAGUCACAGUUAAAUCUUUCGAAAAUCGUGAUAAAAAACCGGGCUUCCUAUUCAGGACCACAACUUGAGAUCGAAGGAGGGGCUGAAGGGGAGAAUAAUAAUCCUAGCGGUACCACAACUAGUAUUUUUCCGUUCAUACAUUUAGAAUGAAUGUCGAGGGAAAUGCUGAAACAGAGAUUAGUAAGCCUAACGGUACCACAAUUAGUAUUUUUUUCAUUCAAUCUAGUUGCGGUUGAGAUCGAGUGAGGUGCUGAAGAGGAAAAUAAUAAUCCUGGCGGACCUCAACUAGCAUUUUUCCGUUCAUACCUUUAGAGUGGAUGUCGAGUGAGGUACUGAGGCAGAGAUUAGUUAGCCUAACGGUACCCCUACUAGCUCAUUAGGCUUAGAUACAGUAAAAAUAAUUGUAGAAGGUGGGUUAGGUGGGUUCUGAAGAAUCGAAUGACAUCAAAUCCUUGGUGACAUUUGCACUGAUUAAAGGCGGUAUUCGGAGGAGCGUCUAAAACUAUACAUUUGUUAUUAUGUUUGCUCUUUUUUUCACGGCGGCUCAAUUUUCUAAGAGUUCGGAGAGAGGACUUUCAAAUCCCUUCGGAUUUUCCUUGUGCCAAUUGCUUUUUAUUAUUCUAUUAAUUCCACGAUUUACGUCAUCAAUCGUUUUAUGCUUUCUCUUUUACAGUAAGACAUUUUCGAAAGUUUUUGAAAAACUUGGAUUUGUUAUUGUAUGUGUAUGCUGACAGCAGGAUAGCUAUCAUAAUUAUUUGCGACUUUUUCAAUAUUCGUGGAUAAUAUCCAAACUUUAAUGUGACACCGAAAAGCUUUGAACGAUAAAGAGAGCAAUGUGCUGUAAGCGAUUUUUCCUUUUCCUUUUCAGCUAUGGCCCAUGAUGCCUGGGUCAUGUCUCAAUGGUGCUUCAAUACUUACUGGUGGCUAAUGAUUUUUUUUAGCUUUGCUAGACAAGAAUGUUAUACAUUUUUUCAUUUUUUUUUUUUGUAACGUAAGAUGAUUACUUUCGUUGUGCUAAUGUUUUGCAAGAGCUGAUUUAUCAGAGAACAUCUUACAUUAACAACGAGGAAGCAAUAAACGAGCGCCUAAAUUUAUGCAAAAAUUUUAUUGCCUCGUGUCUGCAGAGAACUUAGACUUAUUUCAAGUUCUCUGCCGCAACACAUUUAUAAAAUAAGAUUUGACUGUAAUAAAACAUAAUUUAUAUGACGUAGCCUGCUUUUAGGUGCGAUGAUAUGCAUAUGAAAUUCAUACAAGCUGCUCAGCAAAAUUCGACACAUAUUUCUCAGAACAUAUUGUUUUCUUUUCCCCCACAUAUUUAGAUCUAAUUUAAUCUCUUUCGUUUCAUUUAUUAUUGAACUGUCAAAGAAACUAGACUUAUUCCUAUUUUUUGUACUUAUCCAGUUAGGUAUACAUUUUUUUUUAAAGAAAGUUUAUUCUAAGUCGCCUCUGAAUUUUUUUUCCGGUGGGUGUUUGAAAUAAUUAUUGCGGUCUGUCAAUAUUUGAUGAUCCACAAGACAACCAUUCAAAUUACGCGUCGACUGGGGAUCUAAAAUUUGGGGUAACUUACCAUCUUCUAUGUCAGGGGCAUACGGGAUCGUAUAAUUUAAGUCCACGUCUGUAAAUAGUAAACCGACCCCUCUGCCGUCGUAUUUCAUAUUUAUUACUGGCGCAAAGGCCUCUUCCAUUACAUGGCCGGUUUUUUCUUCAGUAGCUCAGAAAACAUUGUGUAGAAGUCUUUGCGUUCGGUGAUUCGAGAUCUUUGCAGGUGGGCUUAGUUAAAAUUGUGGAUUUUGUUGAAAAGACAUCAAGACGCAAGCCACAAAUUGGAGAAGGAGCUCGACAUCUACAUCAGCGUUUUUCUGGCGCGAUGGUACGAGUCGCAUGUAAAAACUCGGCUACCGAUAUUCCUGGGUGUUGAAACUGAGUUAAAUCUUGUUUAGUGAACUUAUUUAGUUUUUCUCCGAAUAGCCUGGUGAAUAUGCUCAGGCGACGUUUCAAAAACCCAUUUUAUGCUAGAAUAUUAAUGAGCCCUACAAGCUUUUGUAACGUCUAGAUACGACAAGCUACUUCUUGAAGAGUCUUAGCGUUUCCAAAGUCUCCUGCAUCAUAUCUGAACUUUCCACCUCUGCGCGGUUUGCUUUGUACUACUUAUGUCUAUGCAUGUGUCUGAGCAUAUACGACAGUUUCAUCAUCUGAAUAUGUCCUCUACACCGUUGAUAAUCCUCUGGAUUUUUACCCUUUCGAGGUGCUCUCCUAAUGAGUACUGAGGCAAUCUCUCAAUUUGAAGUCUUGCAGAGAUUGUUUGGAUUUUCGGCUGCAGUUCUGCAGCUCCAAGAGAUUCGUUGCUCACUAUUAUAUCGUCCUUAUACGGCUUGCAUUAAUACGUAAUAAUUAUCCGCUUGCUAAACUUCUGCUGCAAGUCUCUUCAGCGGAUUGUUCUUCAAUACUUCUGCUUUUUGCUGUCUCCCUCUUUAUCUGCUUCCAUCUGCGGGUACUGCGUCGAAUACUUUCAGAGCUAGACUAUUAUUACCCAUCCGGACCACAUUGCCUGACCAACGCAGUCGUUAGCUACUGAAAGAGAUUUAGCCCGUUUUCUGGGAGAAAACACCUUUGAAAACUGUCUGAAGGAAAUUAAUCCAAGCAUUUAAUAUGUCAAUUUUUGAAAACUCUUUUUGAUAUAUUUUAAUAUAUUAUAUUUUGCUAUUUACAUACAUACAAUUUUAAAGUGGCUUUGCCUUAAUUUUAGACAGUUUUCUUUUUGGCUAUGAUUAAGAAUAAAUAUCUUUUUAAAAACAGCUUGAAUAUUUAUUCUUUUUUUUAAUAAAUUAUUUUAUGCUAGACUCACCCUUAUUUGCUAACUCGUAGCUAAUCACAGAACCCCCAACAAAAUUGAAAUCACCACCCUGUAGUAUGCAAGACGUCUACGAUUAAAAUCGAUAUUUUUCGUAAUCACAUAUUCUACCGUCAAUAGAAAAUUUUUCAUUUCUAAAAUGGACGUUGAGUAGCGUUAAUUAAUUUGUGUGAGCUCUGUGUGCCGCUGAUUAAUCCGUUUUUGUUAAUAUUAAAAGCGCUGUAUUUAAUAAAGAAAAAACAUUGUGAAAGCGUGAGUGAUUAAUGUACGUAAGAAAAUUACCCAAAAAUGUUGCCUAGAACAGUUAAAAUGUGUUUAAUAAAUGGUGCUUUUGCAUCGGGACUGAAAAAUCUUUUUUUUGUAAGUGCUUAAGUGCGUGUUCUAUUUUAAAGAAAGCAUUGUGGGCUUAAUAUAUUUGGCAUAAAUAUUAAAUACGUCGGUUUUACGCGCGAUUUAAUCUUUGUCAACUCGGAAAAGUACAUAGGCACGUUUGGCUUUUGUCUCGUAGCCAUUGUUGCCCCUCAAUUGAUAGCUUCUGUUAUACUGCUUGUAUCUAACAUCUUUCACCAUGUCGACAUCGCGGAGACGUGGCGAAUUAAAUCCUAAACUUCAUAUGGAUAGGCAGCCUACAGUAGCCCGUAUAACAGAUCCUUCUCUGCCAGCCGGAAAACGUCGUGAGAUUGAUAACGUUAUGAAAAAAGCACGCGCCAACACCAACGACUAUUGGGAUAAAAAGUUGUUGGAAGUAGAGGAAAAAGACCCGAACCGCUGGCGUCAUACUGGUUAUAAAAAAAUGUAUAUCCAAGGUGAUAGCAGCUCUGGCGAAAGUGAUCGUGAAGGUGGUUUUCGUUACAAUUCGGCUUCCGGUGGUCCAGUAGGUGGCCCGCCACCAAACUCUGGUCGUUAUGCUCGUUCGCGUUCUCCCCGUUCUCGUAGUCAUUCGCGUUUGAGAAAAUCGCCACCAUUGUCGCCACAUAUGCGUCGGCGUUCGCCUCCAUUAGAUAUAGGUGGAGGUCGACGUAUGUCCCCACCACCUAUGGACGGUAUGCGCGGCCGUCCUCGUUCGCCACCACCACGUGGUGGUAUACCGCCGCGUUCACCUUCCGACAUGGGCCGCGGUCGUAUGCCCGGAGGCGGAAAUCGUCCGCGUUCACCACCUGAACCACCAAUGCGUCGGAAGUCGUCGCGUUCACCGUUAGCUAGGCGCCGCUCACCGCCUAACAUAGGUCGGCGUCGUUCGCCACCACCGGCUGGCCCAAGUAAACGGGGGCAAAUAUUGCCACGAUCAAAACGGCCACCAUCGCCACCACCAAGAAAUUCGUGUCGUUCGCGUUCGAAUAGUUCGGUAAGCAGUUGUUCUGAUGACUCUUGCUCGGUUUGUUCACCAAAACAUCAUAAUAAUAGAUCACGUUCUCAGUCUAUACCGCGUGCGCGUGUACCAGGUGGACCGCGAUCUCCACCUCCAAAAACGUCGUCGCGUUCUAUGCAAUAUCGUGGUGGCCAACCGCCUCCAAAUGGUCACACUUCGUCGCGUAUGCAUGCCCGUCCGACCACACCACCGCCGCCAGCCUCUCGCCCGGUCGACAAAUAUCGCGAUGAGAAAGCUCGUCAUUAUAGUCAUGAUCGUAGUAUCGAUCGCGUGCCGUCGGAUGGACGUCUAAAGCUAGUUCGUUCGGGCCGACACUCACCUAAUGAAGAUUUACGCGUAAAGAAUAGACCUCCAGAACCACCAGAGCCUGCUGCCUCUUCUUCAGCAGCCGUCGCUGUCUCAAAGAAAAAGAAGAAGGAUAGAGAAAUACGCACACGCAUCAAAAUCGAAGGUGAAAAGCGUAAGAAGCACUCAUCGUCAGAAUCAGAUGAUUCUGGUGGCUCAGAUAGUGAUAGUUCAUUGCCGACAUUUAUUGCCUCUACCGGUUUAACACUUUCCGAACGUUUUGGCAAAAUGGCUCAAUGGAGUAUUGAUCGAAGCAACAUGGAAAAUAUGCGUAUCACCAAAGACUCUACCGGUGGAGCAUUGAAAGUUAUGAUUGAAGAGGGGCUCGAAUCGCCACCGCGUCGCUAUUCGUAUUCGCCAGCUCCGGCUGGUCAUUUUCCCGAAGAACUUGCAACUACAGCACCGUCGGGUAUGCUGUCGUGGGACGAUGUGCGCGUUCGUUACGAAUACUAUAAAAGUCGUGGUUAUUUGCGUGACUUAGAUUUGAAGGAUUACAUAAAAUGGGAGGAAUGGUGGUAUAAAUAUCAAGAAUGGUUGAAACAAGAACGCUAUUAUGAGUAUUGGGAACGCCAACAAUUGGCACGUCGCCGACGUAAGAAGUUGCCUAUUACGCAGCGUUUAAAUUAGGUACUCAUUUUUGUAUUCAUUCGUUUAUCACAGAUUAAGAAGUUGUUUUAGAACUUGUAACGUGCUCACGUUUACGCAUAAGAUCCUCAUAAAAGAGAAGGUAACUUAAUUGAUGAAGUUGUCCUUGUCAUUGUGUGUCUACCACGUUUAUUAUGAACCCCAUUACGACGUUUACUUACAUUCACAUUUAAAAUGUAAAAGAUAUAAAUAAAAAAAAAAUUAACCAAGAAAAUAAUAAAGAUUAUACGUAAGUAACUUUAUAAAAUAUACUAGACAUUACCAGCUUCAGGAUUUAUUAGUCCAAGGUUAUA